AUAAUACGUCAUAAAUUGUAGCCUUGUUGUGUCCUCUCUUCUCUUUGCUGACCUCACCCUCGCGCUCUCUCUCUCAAUUGCAUUGUGUCAUCAAAGAAUUAAAGUGUGCUGGAUGCAUAAUAUACAUAAAAUUCUGACAAUUGAUAGUCCGAACAGGCUUCUAUCAGUGAAUUAGUUGCAACUUGCAAGCCACCUAAUUUUGUGUUAAUGUUAAUUGUGAAUUUUGUUUUCUUGCAAAAUUAAAAUCAGAUUGCUAAACGUAAAAAAAAAAAUAAAACACAAAUUUGACAUAUAAAAUUUGGAUUAUUCAAGUUGAAGUUAUAGUGAUACAGCAUGGCAACACUUAAGCAUAUUAAAAAUCUUACCUGGAAUCUUAAUGCCCUGGCAAAAAGAAACACCUAUGGAAUUAAUUCAUCAAAAAGUUUUUACUCGUAUGUCAAUGAACCAGCAAUGCCAAUUCCUGAUAAGGAACCUUGUUGGGUUAAAACUUCCGAGGAAGCUGCUGAACGUGCUGGUCUUAAAUCAGAUCAGGUUGUAUUUGUCCAGGGUGCUGCUGCAACACCAGUAGAAUUAUGUCGUGGUUUGACAGAAUAUGGUGUCAAGGCCGACGUAAGAAAUGUUAGACUUUGUCAUAUGCAUCUUGAAGGAGCUGCUCCAUUUUCGAAGAAAGAAUAUGCGAAAAACUUCACGUCAGUUAGCUUCUUCAUUGGUGGUAAUGUACGUGGUUCAGUUAAUGAUGGUCAUGCUGAUGCUAUACCAAUAUUUCUUCAUGAAAUUCCAAAGAUAUUUGAUCGAGGUCACAUGAAACCUGACAUUGCAUUGAUUCAUGUAACUCCCCCAGAUAGCAAAGGUUAUUGCUCUCUUGGAACAAGUGUUGAUUGUGUUCGUUCAGCUUUGAUUAAAUCAAAAAUAAUUGUUGCUCAAGUUAAUGAAAAUAUGCCAAGAACAUUUGGUGAUGCUCUAAUUCAUAAAAGUCAUAUUGAUUUUGCUGUUGAGCAUAAUACACAACUUCCAGCUCAUCCAGUAAAAGCACCAACUGAUAAAGAAAAAGCUAUUGGUAAACAUAUUGCUGAAAAUUUAGUUGCAAAUGGUGCAACAUUACAAUUGGGAAUUGGAAGUAUACCUGAUGCUGUAUUAGCACAAUUGGGAAAUCAUAAAAAUCUUGGUAUUCAUAGUGAAAUGUUUAGUGAUGGUGUUGUUGAUCUUGUCAACAAAGGAUGUAUUACAAAUAAUGAAAAAACAAUUCAUCGUGGUAGAAUUGUUGGUUCAUUUUGUGUUGGUUCACAAAAACUUUAUGAUUUUAUGAAUAAUAAUCCAUUUAUUGAAAUGUUAGUUGUUGAUUAUGUUAAUGAUCCAAGAAUCAUUGCAAAACAACCUAAAAUGACAUGUAUUAAUUCUUGUAUUGAAGUUGAUUUAACUGGUCAAGUAUGCUCAGACAGUAUUGGUACAAGAAUGUAUUCUGGUUUUGGUGGACAAGUUGAUUUUUUAACUGGUGCAGCAAUGAGUGAAGAUGGAUUAGGACAACCAAUUGUUGCACUUAAUUCAACAACAGCUGAUGGUAAAACAAGUAAAAUAGCACCAUUGUUGAAACAUGGUGCUGGUGUUGUUACAAGUCGUGCACUUGUUAGAUAUGUUGUUACUGAACAUGGUAUUGCUAGUCUUUUUGGUAAGACAUUAAAACAAAGAGCUCAUGCACUUAUUCAAGUUGCACAUCCAGAUCAUCGUGAAGCUCUUGAAAAAGCUGCAUUUGAACGUUUCAAGGCAAUGCCAACAUCUUGAAUUUAAUUAUUUUAUGUUAAAUUGAAUUGUAAUAAAAAGAAAAAAACACAGAACCUAUUUGCAAAGAUAAAAUAUUGCAUUGUUUAACAAAACUAAAAAUUUAGCCAACUAGAUUUAUUAGAAUAUCCGACCAAGCUAAAAUAAAAUAAAAAAAAAAAAAGGCUACGGAUUAAAUUCUUGCCAUAAUUAUCUUCUUUUUUUUAAUUUCUCUUAAUUGACAUUUUUGAGUUUUAUUUUUCAUCUUAAUUGUGUAUGUUAAAUUCAG